CCCUUGUUUGGCGGCCGGGGCUCUCGGAGGCGGCUGACGCCACCGGCCGGGACGGGCCUAAAGCAGCCGUCCGGGAGCGCUCUCGCACACCCCACUUCCGCUUCCUUCAGGGUAGGGCGUCGCGCGCCCCCCUUCCUCAGCCCGGCGGCCUCGGCGACAGCUGGAGAUGUUCGGCCUGACGAGAAACGCGGUCAUCGGGCUCAACCUGUACUGCGGGGGCGCGGGCCUGGGCGCAGGCGGCGGCGGCGCCCCCCCGGCCGCGGGGCUGGUCGGCGUGAGGAAGGAGGCCCGGGGCGCGGGCGGGGGAGGGGACGCCGGCGCCGAGCUGGGCGGAAGCGGCCGUGCGAGCCCCCCGGCCACGCUCGCGCCCGACGCGCGGAGGGUCGCGCGGCCCGCGCCCAUUGGCGCCGAGGGCCCCGACGUCACGGCGACCCCCGGGCGGUGCCUGGUCUUCGCGCCCGGCAGCCGCGCGCCGUCGCCGGACGAGAUGGCCGGGCCGGCCGCCGCCAUGGUGUCUCCCGAGGAGGAGCUGGACGGGUACGAGCCUGAGGCGCUCGGGAAGCGGCCGGCCGGCCUGCCGCGGCUGCGCCUGGGCGGGGAGGCGGGCGCGGGCACGGACGGCUCGCUGCCCUCGACGCCGCCACCGGCCGAGGACGACGACGACGGGCUGUACCGGCUGUCGCUGGAGAUCAUCUCGCGGUACCUGCGGGAGCAGGCGGCGGGCGCCAAGGACGCCAAGCCGCUGGGCGCGCCCGGGGCCGCCAGCCGGAAGGCGCUGGAGACACUGCGGCGAGUGGGCGACGGGGUGCAGCGCAACCACGAGACGGCCUUCCAAGGCAUGCUGCGGAAACUGGACAUCAAAAACGAGGACGACGUCAAGUCCCUGUCUCGCGUGAUGGUCCACGUUUUCAAUGACGGAGUAACAAACUGGGGCAGGAUUGUGACUCUCAUUUCUUUUGGGGCCUUUGUAGCCAAACACUUGAAAAGUAUAAACCAAGAAAGCUGCAUCGAACCAUUAGCAGAGAGCAUCACGGACGUUCUGGUCAGGACGAAACGAGACUGGCUCCUCAAACAAAGAGGCUGGGAUGGGUUUGUGGAGUUCUUCCAUGUAGAGGAUCUAGAAGGCGGCAUCAGAAAUGUGCUGCUGGCUUUUGCAGGUGUUGCUGGAGUAGGAGCUGGUUUGGCAUAUCUGAUAAGAUAGCCUUUUGAAGUGCAAUAAUUGACUCUUAACCAACUCCAGCCACCAAAACCACAUAACGACUGCUGUGAAAUCAAAUGUAUUUAUGAAGUUGGACUUCAAGCUGCCCAGGCUGUAACCUCCAAGAGUUCUACUCUGGCUGAGUAGAACAGCAAGUGGCAAGAGGAUUGUGGCUAAUAGGAAUAAAUACAUGGGAAAAGUAGUUCCCCUUUGAAGAGUCACUGUCUGAAGGAAGCAAAGUUCAGUUUCAGCAACAGGAAAACUUCAGGAGGCCGUGGAGGAGAACUUUAUAGUUAGUGAAAAUGGUAGGGUGGAGAGACUUAAUUUUUCCUUUUCUAGAACCAGAAGAGUGGCCGGUAGCCAGGCUAGUCAUAGAAUUCAUCAAAUAUGCCCACUGAACUCAUUAAUUUCUGAUGGUGUUAGAAGCACUAACAAUGCCAGUGAUUUGUGUAAAAUGGAUUAAAGAUAUAGCUAUGACUAGAAGCCUCAGCACUGUACAAGAGUUUGAAGGGGGAAGCUUCUUCCUCACUCGAAAAGUAACUUUCCCAGAAGUCUUUUAAGUGUUCAGGACUUUUUAUACCUGUACUUGUUCUAGUUGGCUUGGUUUGGAUGAUUCUUAGUUUAUCAGCCUAGUAAUGGCCAAGAAUACUUGACUUAAGGCUCAAUUAUUACAGUUACAAAUGUGGAGUGUCCUAAUUUUUAAGACAGAAACAGCUUGUAAAUGUAUUUGUCUGUAAAAACUAUAUAUUUUUACAGAAAGUCUAUUUCUUUGAACUGUAAAGGGAGUCUCAAAUUUAUAUUAGUUUUCAUACCCUUUUGAAAUUUACAGCUUAGGUAGUUAGGAGCCUAUUUCUUACAGUUUUUCUAUUAUAAACUUUGUCCUGGUCACAGUUGUGGAGUGUAUGUGGAAUCGAUUGAUGUAAUUAUAUGCAACCUGGUUGUAGUGGAACAACUCCAGUAUAUGCAGGCUUUCAUUUUCUUACUGGUUUUGGUAAGUAGUCCUUAGAUAGGUUUUUUUAUGGGGGGG